AUGAAAAAUGGAGUCACAAGCCGUCUUGACGUGGUAGAUAUAACACGGCGUGAUGUACUCACCCAGAUCAAAGUCAAAACUCCCAAUGCUGGGAUCAGCACCAUCAGCAAGAACGCGGAGGUGAAACAGCAAGGUACAUCGGCAAAGGGGCGUCACGGUGCUUCAAAUCUCAGAAAGAAGUGGAUAACAAGUGACAUUCCCGAUCAUCUGCACCCUGCCUUCAUCAGUAUCUUCAUCCCACUUGCACAUGUGCAAAUCAUCUUUGAUCGAGUGUACCCCGAGGUCGAGUAUGGCAUUACAGAAGGUGAUCCGUUCUACUACCUUAUUGACAACCUACCGGAUUACCGAUUGGCGAGCCACAUUUGUCCGGAGAGAAUCGCCGAAUACAUUGAGUUCCUCCUAGGCAACAUUGAUACCCCCAGAAAUCGCAAUGCGCCAUUUCUAUGGAAUGUCUGGGGUGGUGGUGUCAAAAAGAAGGGGCACCUUCAAUCCGAACUCAUUCUCAGGACGUUUACAGCACAUCUGAACGCACUCACUGCUAUUCCACCGGGACAAGCACGAUCCACAUUGCCUCCCCGUGGGGCGCUAAUUCUCUCCAUUCAGGCUGUUGAGUGUGCACUCAAGGCUUGGUGCACGAGAAUGAAAGUGAUUCCAUCCGGCAUAGCAGGACACUUCUCCGCUGAUAACUGGGGUGAUCGGAUCCAGUUUUUAGAUGGCCGGACCAUUGAGGACAAGAGGGCAUCACGAUAUCUCCUGGUUGUUGACUCCUUGACUGACGAAGAUUGGGAGAAUAUUUGGGAUGGAGCAACAGAGCUGUACAAUGAGAUGAAGACCCGAAAGGCUGCCGCACCUGCUUCUACAAUCGUCAGUGAGGAAGCAUUCAUGCUCCAGUCGGACGAGGAAUAA